UCCGAGCCGGGGCGCGGUGGAGGUGGAGCUCAACUUUGCCCAGAGAAUUGUGUCAAAUAGAUAAAAAAGAAAAACGAUGCCAGCGGCAACGACUGCGACAACGACGAUGGUGGCAAUGAUGAUGACGAUGACGAUGACGAUGGUGAUGGCGAUGGCGAUGGUGCUGGUCAUAUCGUUAUAACGAUGGAUGAAGAAGGCGUCGGGGCAGCCACUCCUUUUCAGCACGAUAAUUAUAACCUCGAUUCCCCAGCUUUAUGAGAGAAAACUGGCCCCGAAAAUUGUGGAGCAUUUGAAUAAUUUUACAAGAAUGCAAUCAACGUGAAAACAGAACGUAAAAGAAGAGAUUGUCAAAAAAAGACAGAAAAGUAGGCGGUGGCUUUGUUGAUUUAAAUGGCACCCGAAAUUCCGAGAGGGGAACUUUGGCUAUAUGGACAACUAUUCAAAUUGAGGUCAUUCAUCUCGCUUCGUUGAACGCGCUUAAGUGAAUUAUGUAUACGUAUGUACAUAUAUAUGUAUGUGAGUGGUCCGUGUGGAUAGGGAAUCAGAAUCAGAAUCGGAGGUCUGGAGUAUUUGAAGGCGGGUCAGCAACUCGGAUGAGCAUGUGAAUGGGAAAGAGAAAGAAAGAGAUGAAAUUAUUCCCCCGAAAGUGGUUCCAUUUACACUGUGUGGAAAGCCUUUCUCCAAAUCCCCGCUAAUUGCCCGCAAUUUGCCAUUGGAAUCUGUCAACCUCCCGCUGUUCGAAAAUGUGAUUGACUCGAGAUCGAUGCCCUCCGCUAAGGAUUUCCAUAAAUAUUUGCCAGCACUUUGGGAUUUUGAUCUUUUUGGCGUUCUCCGUCCGACUCGUUUCGGUUAGUGGUAUAGUUUUGUUUCGUUUCGUAUCGUAUCGUAUCGUAUCGUAUCGUAUCGUAUCGGUUCGUAUCGCUUCGCUUGGCUUUAUUUGAUUUUCUUAUGGGAGUAGGUCAGUUCAAAAUUUGCAUAUAUGGCUGCCUUUGAUUUCUCGCUCGAUUUUUUAUUCAUAUUCUGACUGUUUGCCCUGCCCCAAAAACGUAAAUGUGCGAACACGUGCUAUACAUAUGAUGAUUUUCUUAUCCAUCGACUUGUUUGGAUUUAAUUCAGAUCGAUAUCAUUAGCGAUGAUUGGUUAUAAAAUAAACGAAGACUGCGCGUUAUCUGUAGUGGAAUGGAAGUGGGGGUGUAAGAUGGACAUACCGGAUGGAAUGGACAAUGGGAUUGGGUCAAUUGCAAGGUAAAUAAAAGGCAACAAUGGAACUGUUUGACCAGCCAUUAUGUAACUAAAAAAUGUCUAUAAAUCGGCAUUGUUAAACCGUAAAGUUUUAGUUGCGAUUCUGAAAGAUUGCUGAAAGCAUGAAGUUGGCUCUGAUCUUCUUGGGAGGACUCUGCAUCCUCAGUGAUUAUUUCACUUCUGGACAGUAUUUUAUCUACAGUGCAGAUGAAAGUUGCAUCUGCUCGGGUCAUUUGGUGAACGAUUUAAUUCCGGACUGCGAAGAUUGCUCCGGUUACUACAUUUGUGGCGAUGGUUCCUACGAGAAGGUGAAAUGCCCUCAGGGUUUGAUUUUCGACCUUUCCUCAAAAAAGUGUGUGCUGGGUCAAUGCCCAAGAUUUGAUGGCACUUGUUCAGUAAACACUACAACGCCUGCGCCCACCACACCGUCCACUACUAGCACAACUACAACGUCAGAACCUCCUGGGCCUUGUGCCAAUGAUGUGACAUGCCAAUUUCAAGAAAAGAGUAUCCCUCAUCCGUAUCACUGUCGAAAUUUUUACACCUGCUAUGGAAGUUGCGCCGUUUUGGGACUCUGUGAGCUGGGAAAAUGGUUCGAUCGGGAGAAGAACUUAUGCGAUUAUUCCUAUAAAGUCAUAAACUGUCCAGCUAACCAGGACUAAGACAUGGCCUUUUUAGGUAUUAAAGAGCAUUUUUAUAUUUUAUGAAAACUUAUGAACCCCGAUUAAUAUUGUAUCAGCAUCGAGUGCAAUAACAUAGUACUUGAGCUGCUUUCUUUAAUACCGAUGGCAACUUUUGGGACUUAUUGUAAAUAGUAAAGGAAAUUACUUGUGGACCAACUGCAAUCGGGGCAAAAUUAAAUCAAAUAAAUAUGUGU